UUCAACCCGUGCGUUAACCUGCAGCUUUCUUAUUGCAUAUUCGACUUUACUUUCAAGGGACAUAUUUCUAUUGAUAUUUGCAAAAUAUCAUUAAAAAGAUUGGAAAUUACUUUGCUUUUGGCCAAGAUACAGUGUUACCAGAUUGCCCGAGCAACGGUGUGGGGCAGGGUAAUCGCAUCUGUGUAUGUUUGUUGUGUUAUCUGUGCUGGUGAAGGACUAACCCGUCGUAAUGGACGACGUUUCGUCGUAUCGGAUCAAUGGAGGUUAAGGAACUAGUGAAAGACCAGCUGUCACAUCUUCAAGUUCCCCAACAACAGCAGCUGCACCUACACCUAUAUCUACAUAUACAACAGUUAGUCCUGGCCUAUCUACAGCAGCAACUGUAGGUCUAGUUCUAGGUCUUCUAGUGCUGCUCUGUCUCGUGCUCCUGGUGGUGGUCUGUCUGGUCCUCUGGAGGAGGAAAAAGAGGAUGGAGGUGGUGGAUAUCAAGAGGAGAUCGGAGGGGAGGGAGGAGAGGAGGAGAAGAAGGAGAGAGCGACGUCUCAGACGCAUGCAAGAGGGACUUCAGCCUAACGGCUCCGACAGUGACUCGAGUGACUCCGGCUACAGUGGACGGUCGACGACGUCGUUGUUCAGACCCGAGGACGGUCAUGGAGAGCAUGAAGACGAGGAGAGGAAGAGCCCGGAGAAGAAAACGAGACGAGUAUUCGAUGACGAAGGAAACCUUCUAUAUGAGCAGGAAAUACCACGCUCAAGUGAUCAAGAAGAGGAAGAGGAUGACGAAGGAGGCAAAAGGGUUAAACAGAAGACGAAAAAGAAAACCAGGAAGUAUACCAAGAUGAAGACUUUGCCAGAUGGAACGGAGGUCAAGGAGGUAAUUGAGAGUGACCAUUGGUCAACUGAUAGCGAGAAAUCUUCCCAUUCCUGGACGCAGGAUCACGUGGACCUGCACCUGGCAAAACAGAGACGAGAUAAGGAGCACCAGUCCAUGGUGGAACGAUCAACUGGGAGUAACACAAAAACCUUGGUAACGCGACCCAGUCACGAGAAGAAUAAGCUGAAUGCCACCCUCCCAUUUUCUCUGCCGGGUAUCUUCAAAUAUCUGGCCAAGGGGAAGAGGAAGCUCCCUGAAGCGCCACCUGGCGAGGAGGAGACCCCACGGGAGGCUGACCGCUACAUGGAGCAGUACCAAGAUAAGAAGGACACCGAGAGGAGGCUAGACGAUGAAGGAUUCUGGGAGGACCCUAAGUCCAAGAAGACAGCGCUUGAGAUAUUUGAUUUUGAUAAUUUAGACAGCCAGUUGGACGAGUCUCCAUCACGAUUCCACACGGCCCUCGACAACACAGCAGGGAGAGACCAACACCAGGAUGGUGUGUGUUCUCGGUUGAGCCGCCACACUGCACAGAGCACAGAGUCAAAGAAUCAAACACUUCCGGACAUUGAGCGACCAUCAAGUCUUGUGACCGGUUCCGAUGGCACCUGUGACGAAAUGUCUGUCAAAAGUUCAGACACAGGAAGGCGGGAACACGAGAAGACUCGUAUGCUGGCAUCGCUUAGUAGGCUUCUUACGGAGAGACUGUUUUAUGAUGAUGAAGCAGACAGAAAGUCAACGAGAGCUCAGUCAGGAAAGGUCAUAUUUGUGGACGAAUACCGGACUCAAACUCCAGCUUCGCAGCUACCCAGCAGAUCGAAGUCACGUGGGUCGCAGUCGCUGUUACGUCAUUCCCAUCAUGCCUUUGGGGAAACUGGCAGCGACAAUAUGAACGAACCAGAAGGCAACCUGAGACCCGGUUCACAAGGUGUGGAGUUACCUCCCCUGAAACGAUCAGGGUAUUCCACCCCACGGCACACCCCGAGAUACACCCCUAGGUUCACCCCUCAUGGCAAGCGGCGGCUGGGACCAGACAAAGCCGCGGCACUGAAGUAUGGCCUGCAACAAGAUAGAGGGUACCUCAUGUAUCUUCUUAGGGGUCCAUGGCCGACGAGAGAAGCCUGGACUGGCCAACCACCAGACAGAAAUGGCAGACCGUGGACAGUACAGCGUGGUGCGGGCGGCAACAACAUCCGUGACACCAACGACAUUGAUUACACCACGGCAUCUGGCGACAUCGGCUACGUCGACAUUGAUGAUGCGAGGCUCAAACGUUUACUGGAAGAACUUUACGGAGACAAAAAGUACAUGGAUGCUCUCCUUGCUGCAGAAGAGACGUCCUCCAACGAAGAAGUUAAGGCUCUUGCGGAACAUGGACGGGACUACCUGGUGCAGAUGGCGCUGUACUGGGAAGAGAAAGGCCCUCUUCCUCCGCGCCCUUCUGUCACUGCUCUCGGCUUCAGGAUGGAGAGAGCGAAGACAGCUUGCCUACAAAGUUCAAAAGAGGCCAAAAUACCGACUUUACAGAGAAAUAAAACGAUGGAUUGAGAGGCAGCAUGAACUUACUUAAUGGGGCCUUUACACAGGAUGGCGACCUUUGUGCUUCCCGUGUGCGACCAUAAAAUUUGCCAGGUCGUCGUUGGAGGCUCAAAGGAGGCAGAAUGGUUGCCUUAGUCGUUCCAAGGUGGCACAAAUGUGGCAGCCCUGUGUAAAGGGGGCUUUACCGAUGUUAAUGUUGAAUCAAUGAAGCGUAAUAUCCUUUCAAUUCUUAUAUUGAUGUUAAUGAUCAUUGUAAAUAUUUAUGUAUUCUUUGUAUUUAUUCAAUAAAAUAAAACAAU